GAGAUAGAAUUCAACAUCGAUCUAAUUCCAGGUACAAAUCCAAUUUCCCUAGCACCUUACACAAUGGCUUUUGCAGAACUAAGAGAACUUAAGGCUCAGUUACAAGAACUUAAAGUUGCAACAGUUGAGAACUGGGAAUGUCCGCAAAAUGUCACUAAGAUACAAAGUUUUCUUAGUCUUACUGGUUAUUAUCGACGUUUUGUGAAAGAUUUCUCCACCAUAGCUCUACCUCUCAGAAAGUUGACUAGGAAAGGCAUUAAAUUUGAAUGGAAUGAUAACUGUGAGAACAGUUUCCAGCAGAUGAAGUACUGCCUUACUCAUGCCCCUGUCCUUGCUCUUCCCGACGAUAGUAGUAAAUUUGAAAUCUAUAGUGAUGCUUCACUAAAUGGUUUGGGUUGCGUGUUGAUGCAGUAUGGUAAAGUCAUUCUUAUACCUUUCAUCAACUGA